UGUGGGCAACACCGACUAAUCACAUUUUCACAAAUGCCUUUUACUGAAACAACUGUUGAUAAGAUGGUUAUUUCAGCUCACCCUUUGGAAGCUUUUAUUGAUUGGCUUUUGAAUGAACUUCCUCAGGAACAUGAUACUUUGGCAUUCUCCCACUUUGGCGGGAGGUUUGAUAUGGUUAUUGUCUUUAGAGAAUUAUUUUUACGAGGUAUUAAACUUUAAAAUUAUAAAGAAAUGAAAAAAAUUUUUGUAGGCUUUACCCCUGAAAUGUUAAAAAGAGGUAAUAAGAUGUAUGAAAUGAAAAUCGUCUCGAGAGGCAAA